AUGAAGUUCUCUUUGUUCGCGGCUGCAGCAUUUGCCCUGUCGGCUGAGGCUCACUGCAUCUUCCAAGAAGUCUCAGUCAACGGCCAGAAGCAGGGCUCUCUGGUUGGUCUUCGAGCCCCGAGCGACAACAACCCCGUCUACGAUGUGACUUCACAAGACAUCAUCUGCCAGAAGCAAGGCCACACUUCCGACAAGGUCAUCAGCGUCGCUCCGGGGGAUAAGCUGGGAGCCUACUUCGGCCACGUCAUCGGCGGUGCACAAUUCGCCAACGACCCCGAUAACCCAAUUGCCAAGUCGCACAAGGGACCUAUCACAGCAUGGCUUGCUAAGGUAGACAACGCGGCUACUGCGAGUAAGACUGGGCUCAAGUGGUUCAAGAUCUGGGAGGACACUUUCGACACCUCGAGCAAGCAGUGGGGUGUCGACCACAUGAUUUCCAACCAAGGCUGGGUUAACUUCCAGCUGCCGCAGUGCAUUGCUCCCGGCGACUACCUCAUGCGUGUCGAGACCCUAGCUCUGCACUCUGCGAAGUCGCCGAACGGUGCCCAGUUCUACAUAUCGUGCGCUCAGAUCAAGGUCAGCGGCAGCGGCAGCUUCUCGCCUAGCCAGACCGUCAGCUUCCCCGGUGCCUACCAGAAGAACGACCCGAGCAUCGUUGUUAACAUCUACGGCGCCCUUGGCCAGCCUGACAACGGUGGCAAGCCGUACAGUGCGCCCGGCAACGUCCCCGUCAUCCAAUGUUAA